GAUCAUGAUACUAAGCUGCCUCAGAUCUGAUGGUCCUCAGCUCUUAGAAGCGGGCAUACAAACUGAAGUAAGGUUUGAGAGAGAGAGAGAGAGAGAGACAGACAGACAGACAGACAGACAAUAGCCAAACCAAUUACUCUCUAUCUCCUAACUCGAUAGGUUCUCUUGAAUCCAAAAACCAGGCAAAUGGGGGAGGAGGAAAAGAUGCAUGCAGCAGAAGAGAAGAACACGGAGGGGAAAAAACCUGCGGAGGCAAAGAAACCUGAGGGAGAAAAGGCUGAAAAGAAAGAAGAAAAGCCAGCAGAGAAACCACCGGCAGAAGAAAAAAAAGAAGAGAAAAAACCAGAGGAUUUAAAGGAAUCCAAAGAGGAGGUACCUCCAACUCCGCAAGAAAUUGUCCUAAAGGUUUACAUGCAUUGCGAAGGUUGUGCCCGCAAGGUCCGAAGAUGCCUAAGGGGCUUUGAAGGGGUUGAAGAUGUAAUCACUGAUUGCAAGACUAGUAAGGUGGUUGUAAAGGGAGAGAAGGCGGAUCCACUGAAGGUUCUAGAGAGAGUUCAGAGGAAGAGCCAUAGGCAGGUGGAGCUCAUUUCUCCGAUCCCAAAACCGCCGUCUGAGGAGGAGAAAAAGGCGGCUGAAGAAAAGGAGAAGCCCAAGCCAGAAGAGAAGAAAGAAGACCCUCCGGUGAUCGUAGUGGUCCUAAAGGUUUACAUGCAUUGUGAAGCCUGUGCAAUGGCAAUUAAGAAACGGAUACAGAGAAUGAAAGGUGUGGAAUCAGCUGAACCAGAUCUAAAGAGCUCACAGGUGACAGUGAAGGGGGUAUUUGAUCCUCCAAAACUAGUCGAAUACGUGUACAAGAGAACGGGCAAGCACGCGGUGAUAGUGAAGCAGGAGACGGAGAAAAAAGCAGAAGAGAAAGGCAAAGACAAAGAAUCCAAGGAAGAGAAAAAAGGAGGAGGUGGUGACAAAGAAAAUAAGGGUGGUGAACAGGAAGAAAACAAAGAAAAAAAAGAAAGCGUAGGCCAGGCCAAACCGGAGGCGGCAGCGGAACCUACAGUCACAGACGAGACCAAAGUGGUGGAGCUGAAAAAGAACGAAUAUAACUAUUACACACCAAGGUAUGCCAUGGAGUUGUAUGCCUACCCUCCUCAGAUCUUCAGUGACGAGAACCCCAAUGCAUGUUCCGUUAUGUAAAAAGUUUUUGGAUUCGGGGGCAAUAUGGGAUUUGGAAAAAAAAAAAAGGGUGAUAAUCUGCCCAUCCUGCUCUCUUUUACGUGUGCUGCUUGGUUAAAGUAUAAUCUACACAUGAACGGUAGAAUUUUGUGA